GUGGAUUAGCUACAACCGACUGCAGUCUACAGCUCUGGGAGGGAGAGGUAGUCACUGCCAUUCACUACUCACUCUCUAUUUUAUUAUUAGCUCACUUGGAUCUGGCAGCAGUGACUUUUGCAUUGCGCAACCAAGUAGCUGCAUAUAUCUGGAUCUCAGGUAAAGGUGUGGGGUACAGCAGAGAGAAGCGGCUGAUUUGGGUUCGAUGGAAGCUGCUACUGUAGGUCAGGUAGGACUCAAUUGAUGGCCCUUUAAUUUAAAUCCACACCGUCGUAACACCGCGCACUGAAGCGCUGCUCCGUUUUCGCGUCCUAAUGUUCAGGACGGCCAAUUACCCGACGGUGGAUCCUGCGCCCACCAUCAUGCACGGCACUUGGAUUACCACGGGGUGCCGAGAAAACACGCCCGUGGCGGUGGAGAAACCCAAGAAAAAGGCGUUCAGCCUGGUCAAAAUAAUGUCUCUCAGCAACAAGAAAGGGCACGGCCAGUAUCCGCACCACAACAACAACAUGCCCUUUACGAUCCACUGUCACAUCGGGAAAGAGAUAAAGCACAUUUGCAGCAAUUGCAGUCGCGGGAACGACACACAGGAUGCUGAGGAAGUAGAGAGGCUGGCUGCCAUGCGUUCCGAGUCCUUGGUCUCUGGCACCCACACUCCACCUAUCCGUCGUCGGAGCAAGUUUGCCACUCUAGGACGCCUCCUCAAGCCCUGGAAAUGGAGGAAGAAGAAGAGUGAGAAGUUCAAGCAGACCUCUGCUGCUUUGGAGAGGAAAAUGUCAAUGCGACAGAGCAGAGAUGAGUUGAUCAAGAGAGGAGUGCUGAAAGAGAUCUUCGAAAAAGCAACCGUUGAGUUCCGAUCCUCGAUGGACGGCGGAGUCUGCACUCGGGAGUCCUCUAUUAAGUCAUCUAUGGUCCUGCCCACCAAGAAAUCGGUCACCUACCAAGGUGACCUUCAGGAUACCCCCGCCAAGCCGCCACUGUACCACAAACAGCCUCCUGCUCUCCCUCCAAAGCCUUUCUCUAGGAUCCCAAACCAUAGCACAGAUUCUUGCCAGCCAAUGAAGUUGCCCUGUAUGCCCGGGGGGAAGCACUCUCCACCUCUGCCUCCCAAGAAAGUGAUGAUUUGUGUGCCUCCUGGGGGGUUGGACUCCAGCUCCCCCUCUCCAUCCCCCAAUCCCCUCAGCGCUCUAUCCCAAAAGUGCGGCCCUCCCCAGGGCAUGUCCCUCCACCACGGCACCUUGCUGCCCUCUCAGCUCGCUGGUCUGUCCAGUCUUCACCAGAGCCACGGUCACCCGCUCCAGCUUCAGUACGGCAGCUUGCACACGCCCAGCCGCAUCAUCGAGGAGCUCAAUAAAACCCUGGCACUCUCGAUGCAGAGGUUCGAAAGAUCUGGUCCCUUUCACGCCACUAGCUCUGUGUUGCACGGUGGUGGUCAGUGUGCUCCCCUGGACAGAAGAGAAGUGCCGUCUGUGAUCAUCGACUACGAGGAUGAUAAGGAGAACAUGCCCAACGAGUCUGACUAUGAAGAUCUGCCCAGCAUGUAUAAGGAUGAGGACGAUGACGUGGAUGAUGACGACGAGGACGACGACGAAGAUGACGACUCCAUAUUUACAAGUACCCUGGCUCAGAAGGUGCUGAGGAAAGACUCUUUAGCCAUCAAGCUGAGUAACCGUCCAUCCAAAAGAGAGCUGGAGGAGAAAAACAUCCUGCCCAUGCAGACAGAUGAGGAAAGACUAGAGUCUAGGCAGCAGAUAGGCACCAAACUCACAAGGCGCUUGAGUCAGAGACCCACAGCGGAGGAGCUGGAACAGAGGAACAUUCUCAAACCUCGCAAUGAGCAAGAGGAAAUGGAGGAGAAGAGGGAGAUAAAACGAAGGCUAACACGAAAGCUGAGCCAGAGGCCGACUGUAGAGGAGCUGAGACAGGCCAAAAUUCUUAUCCGAUUCAGUGACUAUGUGGAGGUGUCAGAUGCCCAGGACUAUGACAGGCGGGCAGAUAAGCCUUGGACCCGGCUCACAGCAGCUGACAAGGCAGCUAUACGGAAAGAACUCAACGAUUUCAAGAGCAAUGAGAUGGAAGUGCACGAGUCAAGUCGCCAUUUAACCAGGUUUCACAGACCAUAGUAGACCACCACUGUCUCGAGCUGUGCCGGACCGGCGCUCUCCUCCACUGAGAACCUUAAGUGCUGGACAGUAAAAUGGUGCCCGUUUCUACAAUAAGGCCAUGUCUUCUGAAAUGCCUUUUCAAGACCCACACAACUGAGUCGGUACUACGCUCAAAGAUGCAGACACCCACUACUCCAUCCACUGUAGUAGCACAUAAUGACUCCAGUUGAUUGACAUCGCCCCUCUAUGGAAUUUGCUCGACUGUCUCUUAAACCUCUCUGCUGAGCUCUCAGGCAGGCGCUCAGUUCUGUGGCGAUUGGACAGCGGGAGAGUUUGUGUUUGCAAUUGAUUAACACUUUAAACAUCUACGGAGGGCAACUGUACCUUGGUUCAUCAAUAACGCCAGUGGACUUGUCUCAGUGGACAUGUUUUUAAUCCCUCUUCUUUAUCAUGCUGUCCCUCCAGACUCCUCUAGCCCUUAUGGACAACUCUGUGCAAGGAUGCAGGGUUGAUUCUUCUGAGCUCGCUAUAUCAGCAGCAGAUCCAUCUUCACUGCACCUGCUGGGACGGCUUAGAAAGACACACGGGAGGGGUCUGACAUUAGAAUCACCUGCAAUAUUUUUUUUCUUCUGCUUUCCUAGGUUAUCGCCCCCCCUAGAGUCCCCUCUGUGUCAUUACAAUGUAGUCCUGACUUUUCCCUCAUAUGUGCAAUUCUCACUGUACCGACAAUGUUGACAUCUAAUUGCUAACUGUGAAUUUGAGAGUUUGGGCAAAUGCCUGCACUCUCUCCAAAUGUACAUUUUGUUUAUACUGAGGACGGAAAGUUGCAUUUAAAGAAGAAUCAUGCUUGACCAAGUUUCAUUCAUGUCACAAUCUUAUAAAUUUAAUGUAAAAAUUGCAGCUGGCAGAUAUAUUCUGGUUCCAGCGUGUGCAACAAUUAUCUGUUUUAUAUUAUUUUGUUAGUUUUUAGUUGUCUUUGAUGGAGGCACUUGGAUCAUAAAUGAUUAAUUCACAUGUUUUGUAGCUCUUUUGAGCUGGCUCACCACAUUGUUAUCUCUCAAAUUUCUUUGUGUUUGGAGCAGUGUGUUUAUUGAUCUUUGCUCAUAAUGUGCAUUGUAUUAUACAUUUUACUUUUAUACUCAUGUCAUUAUAAGCUUUUGACCAAGCAAUAUGUUGUUUGUAGAGAAAAGGUUAAACUACAGGUGUACUCCCCACCAUUUUUUUUUUUACAGCGCUUAUACACUACGCCUCACUUCAGGGUUUUAAUUUUCUUUUGUACUUUGCUUUAGAAAGACUUUAUUCAGGAGGACUUUUUCUGUAUUUUUCUUGACUUACCCACCAAAAACGUAUGCCUCUUAAACAGCUUACCAACGCAUUCGGACGAGAUUUGGUUCAGUCACAAAUCAACAAUUGAACGUGAUGAUGCAUUCUCACUUUUGAAACAUGAGUACAGAUUUUAGUGAAUUCAGGAUUUUAAAAUUUUUAUUGCUAAAAUUCUUUGCACUGUUAAGAGUUUGGCUUUACAAUGGUCACUGUUUUAGGGUCAAGGCCCAAGUGUGUAAAAUAGUUUUCUGAUCUGUGAACAUUUAGUUUCUUCACUUUGACGGUAUUGUUACCUGAUCACUGAUCCUACAACAGUAUUCCAAUACUCGUAAGCUUUAUGUACACAGAAUAUUUUUAUUAUUUUUUACUGUUUUACUUUUAAAGUUGCAAUAUGAAAUUCUUGUUUGUCAGUAGUAGAGGUGAAAGGCUGUCAGCCACCUACUAUAAUACAUCUGUCUGCAAAGGAAAAUGUGUUCUCCCUUAUUUUCAAGGUCUCGAUCGGUGAUGGAUAGAUGACCCAAUAAAACCUGGGAACCAAGAACAUAGAAAAUGUGUUGCACUUUAUAGUUUUUAUGUGAAAUAGGGGUUUUGUUAUAGUUUGGAGUGGUUUCUCCUCAGUAUCAGUACACAGGUCAUGUCACAUUGCUCCUUUUUUAAAAUCAAAAUUUCAUUGGGUCAUCUAAUCUCAGAGACUUUGAAAUAUGAGGUAUUUUUUGUGUUAGAACCAGCUUCUGUAUGAUUCCAGCAUCAUGCCAUUAUUUGAAAUUUUCCAUCCAUAGAGCAUAAUAGGAAUGAAUUCAUACAAAUACGCUCCAGUUCUCAUUUUAGCUCUAAGAAACAAACCUGAGCCAUUGGGCUGAGCAUGAGGUUUUUCAUUUUGCUGGAAUCAAGGAACAUGAAUUCAGCAAUAAUCUGUUUCCUUUUACAUGUUGGUGGAGCAACUGAACUAAUUUGAAAGUGUUCUUUUUUCAUUUUUGAAAUACAGAAUACCAUGUAAAGGAUACAUCAUGCCAAUUAAAUUCCAUUUCUGAAUGCA